CGACACGGUGAACUCGUUGAAGGACAACGUUGCCGUUGCUGCCGACGAUAGUCUAGUCGAAGAAGACAACAACAACAACAACAACAACAACGACGGCGACGACAACACUGCCGUUGCCGACGUGGACGACGUGGUGUCGCGCGUUAGUUCCCUCAUGACCGAACAUAAACACCCGUCGCCAGAACGAAGACCAAUAGCAACAAGACUGUUUUCCUCACUAGUCAAAUCUGACUAUGACUACACCACCAUAAAAGUGGCGUGGAUGAAUGUGGUAAUAAGCAACAACAGCAACAGCAACAACUCCUCCUCAGCAGUAAACAAUGACCCCGGCCUAUUCCGAUUGUACAGAGCCGAACUCAAAGGAUCAAACUUAUAUUUAUUCAAACCAACUCAGAACAUCAGAAGUUUCAAAUUGGAAGAACAAGAAGAGGGUGCCGAACUAGCGCCUCAGUUGUCCCAUGACGAGAACAAGCUCAAUCUGAUUCAUCCUAAUUUGCAAUACGACGAAACGACCCGUACAUUCACCAGCUACCGAUUGUCAUUAGAACCAAUUACACCCCCAGGCACCAAUUCUAUCGAAGCCAUCCUUCACUAUAUACUAAUAUACUCCAACAAAGAAGAUAACGUUGAUAUGUUCAUUGAGCUACUUCCGUUAUUGCCUGACUUCGGGUCGAUAUUGACACUAUUGGCAAAUAUGCUUGACGCAGUAUAUGCAAAUAAAUACGGAGAAGUGGAUUUACACCAAGUUGUCAGCCGAGUGUUGAGUAUAUUGAACAACAUCGAUAAAAACUUCCCCGGGUAUUUACUCAAGUCAGAUAUUGCUCCUUACAUUUUACGAAUUAUUGAGAUAUUAACUAGCAAACUUAAAGAUGCUGAACUAAAAGAAAUUAACCAAUUCAAAACGAAAAUGUUACAUCAACAACAUAAACUUAUUGACUUAGUAGGGAAUAACACCACGGGAAACCCACUUAUGCAGUUGAAUGCCAAUAGCUUCCUAACACUUAAUAUCAUGGAAUUGUCAAGAUUCAUUCUGGAAAUUGACUUGAAGUUUUACAGCCUGUGGAAUCCAACUAUUGACAAAUCAUUACUUGUGAAACAACAACUAGACACAUUCUAUAAGAAGAACCCAUUGGUAUUCAACGACACACACAUCCACUACUUGUCAAGACUUUUAAUAAAUCAUAUACUUGUUGAAAUCCACGACUAUGAGUUUAAAGCUAGAGUGCUUGAAAAGUGGAUUGAUUUAGCAUGUUUGUUGGAUAAAUUAGGUGAUAUGAAUUCGUGGUUAGGUAUAUCUUCGGUCAUUGUCUCGCAGCCUGUUCUUCGAUUAACUAAACUAUGGAAUCAUGUGUCAUUGGAUUACAUCAAGCUUGUUCGUAAUGAUUGGUCACCGGUGUUGUUUGAACUUGAUAAGAACAGCUUUAAUGACUCGGAAGAAUUGCAUGUGAUUGCUUCUCGAGGAUUAGGAAGAAUAUACCCUAAGGAGAAGAUUAUUCCAUAUUUCGGCGAUUUGACUAUUGAAGUAAACAAUACCGUUGAUAUCAAAGAGUUGAACAUUCAAAUGAACAACAUUAAUUAUAGCUUAAACCGAUGGCACGAAUAUUUGCACCAUAUUGAAAACAGCAAGGAUGUGUUGGAAUACAAUAAUCAAGUCUUGUUGCGAUAUGACAAUAUGGGAUUUAUCUUUUCCAAUGAAUCUUUAAAUCAAGUGCUUUAUCUUGGUGGAGAUGAGCCAGUUAAACCAAUUGAAACCACAGUAACAACGAGAAAACCUCUUCAUCCAGAAUUGAAAUUGAUGUUACUUAAGUUGGUUGAUAUCAACAGUGAUAGCAUGAAUAUGGAAGGUGUAAUGAAACUUUCACUCAAACUUGAACCAGACUUGACUGAAUGCUAUUUACAAGAAUCUCCCAAGAAUCAUUCCACAACUUCACUCAAUUCAAUUGAUUCUAGCGAUGAUCCAAGCAUGAAACUACCAAACUUCAAUAACAGUUAUUUCAAGAUCAACACUAACGAAACUAAUGACAUGAUUAUCCUGGAAAGUUCAGAAUUACAAAUUGACGACGAACUCAUUUUGAAAGUGACACAAAACACUACUGCUGAUGGUUUAGGAAUUGAUGUGGAGGAUAUUUUAAACGGAGUGACCACGUCUAGUGAUAAGUUUAUUCCUAAAUAUGGCACCCUCGAUAGAUUGCUUGAUUUAUUGGUUUGCGAUAGUAGCUGGUUCAUUGAUAGUGUUAAAUUGGAUUUACAAGAAUAUAGAAGUGUUUUCUUGUUAAAUUAUUAUGCUUUCAUAAGCACUCAUGAUUUGUUUGAGAAGUUGACUUAUCGAUUCAAACAUGCUGAAAAUGCCGUCAGUAGUUUGCGUGGCCAAUUUCCUAAUUGGGAAGCACCUGUCAAUGAAAAUCUUACCAUCAAAGACUACAGUAAGAUUAUGAGUAUUCAAAUCAAUAUCAUAAAGGCAUUAAUUGUGAUCAUCAACAACUUUUACCAUCCAAAUUUCACCACUGAUUUGUCCAACCGUACAGUAUUCACCUCGCUAUUAAAACUUAUUAAUUCCACCAUUGUGUCAUAUUAUACAAAUACCAUUCAUACUGAACAGUUUGACAAUUUAAUAAUGUAUUAUAAGAAAUUAAAACAAUUAUAUGUUAAGAAGCUGUAUCGACCAAUUGAACAACUGAAAUUUGACGUUUAUUUAAAUCAUGAAUUCAAGUUUAAUAAUUCACUCCUGGAUGUUCCAAUUAAUAGAAAUUUACCCGGUCAUAGCAACAUUCAUAAGAUUGAAAAAUUCUUGGUUAAAUUUAACAAGUUCUUGUUUGUAUUUUACAAGGGAAUCACCAUCGAAGAUUGGAUGAAGGUUUAUCGGAUCUUGGAAACAAUGUACUACAAUAAUGAUUUGUUGAAUGUUGACUUGCAAAGGAAUAGCACCGCUGAUGAGCAAUUGAUUAUUCUGACUGUAUUCACGUAUUUGGAGAGCUUAUCUGAUGAUACAGGAUUAGUUAUUGACAGAUUCCCCUUGGUGUUUCAAAAAUUGUUCAAGUUGUACUGCAAGUUCAAGACCUAUCUUUUGAUACAAUUGAGUAAUAUAACCGUGGAAGAACGUCUUGAUAGAAUGAAGGCCUUGUUAAUCAUGGCGAAGAUUGCCAAUAUGAAGCGGAAACAAUUUGAAUUUGAAGGUACAUGCAGCACCAUUCCCAGUUUUAUUGAAACUGCAAUCACAAAUGUGAUUCAAUCACGGGUGAGUAGGUCAUACUCUUCACUUUGGAUUGAAGCUUCAAGACAGUUAAACCCAGCCCAUGCUGCCAAUUAUGAUGAUAUUACAAGUUUAUUCCCUAAUUUGGACAAGUCCGAGUUGAAUAAUGACGAAUGUUUAUUACCUUGUUUUGGGUGGAUAAUUGAAAACCUCAUUGAAAUUAAUAGAGUCCCCUCAUACAAACUAAAUAUGAUUAAUUUUAACAAGCGCCAUUUGGUGUACAAACUUAUCAAGGAGUUAUCGAUUGAAGAUUCGGAUAUCACCAAACAUGAUACCCGUGAAUUUGAUUUCUUGUUGAGAUUAGACGAGAGGGUUAAGUUUAAAGUUAGUAUGGAUAAUAGUAACCGAUUAUUCCGUUCACUUAUAAGAGAACAGAAGCGGAUACUCAUGACUGAUAACCAAAAGAAAAUAAUCAAGAAGUCAAUCAAUAGCCCAACAGUUAUGCAUUCCGUUGCCAAGAAAAGUUCUACAAAUUCGUUGAAACGACAAUCAUUGAAACCUAAUGGAACUAGUAGUUCAAACAAAUUUAAAUUAACUGGAUUAUUUAAUAGAGCAAGACCAUUGUUAAGUUCGGAGCAGAAAAUCCUUGCCGUGAAAGAUUUACCACCACCCUCCAUUGACAAUUGUCAAUAUAAGAAACCAGUCGUGGUGCCAUUGCGUAAUCGCAAGAUAUUCCCUAUAUAUCAUAUGAGACAUUGCUUCAAACUUGAUAGUGAUGUCACUAACGACAGUUAUUUGUUACAGGCCGUAACUGAAGACGAUGUAAAUGAUUGGUUAAUCAAGUUGGACUAUGCUAAUAGGCAUUGGUUUAUGUCUAGAAUAAUGAAUAGUACUGUGGCUAAAAGUGUUACUUUUGGAAUUCCCUUGGGUUAUCAUGGCGAUUGUCCUAAAGUAUUGACCAUCUUGUUUGAUAUUAUAGAAUUAGGAUUGGAUGAAGUCGGGAUAUAUAGAAUUAGUUGUUCAACAAGUGAAUUGCUUAACAUGAAGGCUUAUAUUGAUAGAUAUGGCACUGUGGAGAGAACUAUUGAUACUCAUACAGCCACAUCACUUGUCAAAGCAUAUUUCCGAGAAUUGCCUGAUUCGAUAUUCACUGAUGAAGUAAUCAACUUGCUUUUUGAAAUUCGUCAGAAUCUAACUUCCGAGAAAUUGAUUGAAGUAUUGGCCAAGCUUCCACAGGCUAAUUACACCACCUUGAAAACAUUGACUAAGCAUUUGAGUAAAGUGUGUGAAAAUCAUGAAAUUAAUAAGAUGACCUCGUCUAACUUGGCUACCGUGAUUGCUCCGGCUUUGACUGAAUCAAGUCAUUUACAAUGUUUGGUUAAUAACUUUGGGUUUAUGAAUAAAAUUAUGGAUAAUUUAAUUGAGAUGUAUGAUGAUGUGUUUGAAGGUUAGAUAUUGUAUACUAAUAAAUAAAUAUUAAACGGUUAUCUAAA